AUGCCAGACGAGGAAAAAAUCGACGUGACAUCGAUGAAACGGAAAUCCAAAACAGAAAAGCAGUCGAAAAGGAAAUCGGAGAAGGAUUUAGAACCAAAGCCGAUUGAAAAUCCUGAAGAAUACUCAUCAACGGCCCCACCAACGAGCUCUUCCGAACGCAUCGGCAAAACAGGCGACCUCGAAGAAUUGUCUAAAACAGAACCAGAAGGAACCUAUGUGGAUCCAUGUAAACGCAAUGAAAGUGGAGACUUUCAAAUGAUUGCGGAAAACAGUGGUAGCGAAGGGGACAAAGGAAAGCACUCUAAUAGAGGGGAAGGAAACGGUUUCAUGAAGGCUGCCCAAAGCCAAGCCCUUCGUCCUUUUGUGAUUAUCAGCUCCAGUUAUCUGCUUUAUACUAUCACUGAUGGUGCCAUUCGAAUGAUCGUAUUGCAACACGCAUACAACAAGAGUUUUUCCGCCAUGCAAGUCGCUAUCAUGUUUACGCUUUAUGAGUUGGCUGGAGUCUUUACCAACCUGGCUGCCGGGUUCAUGGGUGCGAAAUGGGGUAUCAAGGUUACUUUGAUUAUGGGAUUGACGCUACAACUAUUCUCAUACAGUUUGUUGUUUGGAUGGAAAGAUGAUUGGACGCAGGUGCAAGCAAUUGUCUAUGUAACAAUGUCCCAGAUGUUUGCUGGAAUCGCUAAAGACUUGACAAAGCUUGGAGGGAAAACCGUGACAAAGCUUGUGACGCCAGAAGAGCAGGAAACAAAACUAUUCAAACUUGUUUCUCUUAUCACUGGGUGGAAGAAUUCUCUAAAGGGAGUUGGAUAUUUCAUGGGAAGUGCAUUGGUCCAAGUCAGUUAUGAACUAGCUCUCGGAGUCAUGAUGGGGCUCGUUGUUUUGGCCAUGCCUUGGGCCAUUCUUGGACUCGAUCGAAACUUGGGAACUGCCAAAAAGAAAAACGCAUCCUGGAAAGAAGUUUUCAAGAUGGACAAUUCCAAACUUAAUUGGUUAAGUCUCGCGCGUAUGUUUCUGUUUGCAUCUCGGGAUUUCUGGUUUGAAGUUCCGUUACCUUUUUUCUUGCGAUCGCCGUCUUGCGAAGGAUUGGGAGAAACCCGUUGCCCAGAGUUUGAUUGUGGAACUGGAGCCAUUUGUGGUAUUGAAGGGUUUUGCGAGAAUAUCAAUCCUGGUGGUGGGUGUGGAGGACUUGCACUGGAACGUGUUGUAGUUGGCGCAUUCUUGGGAGGUUACAUCAUUCUAUAUGGACAGGUACAAUCCUGGACUCCACAGCUUGUCACUGGUCCCUUAAACCAGACCCCGCCUAACAAGCUAACGGAAGUUCUUUGGGGAGUAAUCAACUGUCUUCCAACUCUGGUGAUAUGGGCUGCAAUGACAUGGUCCCCAUCUUUUACAGAUUACGAAGUUACCGGCAUGACUUCUUGGUUGGUUGCAGUGAUUGUCACGUUUGCGAUCAUUUUCGCUAUUAAUUCAUCGAUCCAUUCAUUCCUGGUAGUGAACUAUGCAAACAAAGAUAAAGUUGCUGUGAGUGUUGGUUUCUAUUACAUGAGCAACGCUUUGGGAAGAUUGUUUGGUACUAUUGGAAGUGGUGUUCUGUAUACCUAUAUUGGCGAUAACUUUGGUGACUCCAUCGGUCAUGAUGCCAUUGCAGGUUUGGCAGCAUGCUUCCUUGCUGGCACAGUGAGCAGUUUGAUGGCUGCUCUCAUCACAAUGAAAAUAGACGAUCAAGACUCUGGACUUCGUUGUGGACGUAUCACAAUGGUUGGAAAUUCCUCUGUGACCUUGAGUGUCGAUAAUAAAGAUGCAGUGCACACGAAAGAAGGUGCUCUCAACGACCCUGGUGAAGAGAUUGAAAAGAUCUAA